AUGGCGGACGAAUCAGACAGUGACAUUGAAUUCAAAACUAUCUUGAAAACGCAUAAUACGUCUAAUAUCCAAACCUUACGAUUGAUAAAUGCUUUUCCGAUGAUCAUUGAAUUAAUUUUCGUGGCUUCAUUUAAAAAUGAUACCCGAAUUCAAUCUAUUCAUCUUUCUCGGUUAAAUCAGGAAAAUGUUGAAGCAUAUGUAAAAUCUUACAAUACUACUGUAUGGUUUGGUUUAAAUGAUGCUAAGAUUGAGGGUACUUACAUGAAUGCUGACGGUACCAGCCAGGGACAUUUCAGAUACUUUGCUGCAGAUGCAGGAUUAUCAGCAUCCGAGGAUUUCUUUGCUUUAUUACCGCAGCAAUAUUACAGAUGGAGCGAAUUGUCUGGAACUAACUUGCUACCUUACCUCUGUCAAGUUAGUCAGUCGGCAUCGCCUCGUACAGAAGAGCUAUGUGGUGUUAAAAACGCUGGGAAAGUGUUGAGCGGUUCAGAUCAAUGUUACGCUAUACUUGACAAGAAAUCAAGCUUUGGUGAAGCUGAAUAUGACUGUUAUAGAAUGUUUGGUGUUUUAGCACCUGUACCAGAUUCGGCUACAGAGAAUGAAAUCCGCGAACAUAUUAUACGAUAUGGCAGUCCGAUGGAUUAUUGGGUCAAUAAAAAGAAGGAAGGGUCAAGUAGAAUUUAUGCAUUGGUUUACAAUCAAAUGUUUUACCAGAAAGACUUUAGUAGUAAUACACAACAUGGAGUCGUGUGUUUAUUAGAUACCUUGAGUGCUGCAAAACCAUGCACAACAGGCUGGCGAAGAUAUGGAGACCAUUGUUAUCUUUACACUGGCGUAGUUGAACCAGAUUUCAGUAAGGCACAGACACUGUGUAAAAGCGAUUCCACAUCGUUGGUUAGUAUUGAGUCGGAGCAAGAGAACUCUGAUGUUUUAACAUUGGUGAAGGAGGUCAGCUCGAAAUCACCUUCAGUUUUCCUGGGAUUGAAAUAUAACAGCAGCCAGAACAAGUUUAAUUGGUCAGAUGGUUCUGCAGUAACUUACACCAACUGGGCAAAGGGCCAGGGUGUUGAUGCAGUAGCAUCCAAUGGAGAAUGCAGUCGUCUUUUAUCCAAUGGUCAAUGGAAAAACAAAAAGUGUUCCAAAACUAACGCUCAUAUCGUUUGUAAAGCUAAUGUAGCUUCGUAGACAUUAAAAUUGAAACGUCAAAAUAAAAGCAUGAUGAAUUUA